GAGAAAGAGAAGGAGAAUUUGAAUGGGGAAAUAGGGUAGGGUACAAGUUGAGAUUGUUUUGGUACCAGGAUUCGGGGAUUUGCACCAUAAUCUACGAACCUUGUUCACCUUCAUGUCGGGUUGACCCCGCCUCCACUGUAAAACACUCACACUUCGUACAACGCAGUGCUUUUUCGUUAGUAAAAAGGCCCAAUUUGAAAAAUGAGUUAGAUGAUCCAGUCAUUCAACAACUUAUUUUUCAUAGUCCAACCACAGAAACAAAACACAACCAAUCAGAAACACUGAAACAGUCAAGUGUUGUUUGUCACAACUCACAAACACUUGAGCUGAGUGAAGCAACAUGAAGAAGGUGAACAAGAGUUCCCACAACCCCAUUACCAAAAUGUCAACUUGUAAACUACCAAUUAACUUUCUCUUACUGGCUCUCUGUUACUCCUUGCUUCCUGCGUUUUCUUCAGCACCAAACCGGAAGCCCCCACCACUUCCGAUUUUGCCCCUCCCAACGAAGUUCCAGCUCCAAUGGCAACUCAGCGACAUGGCCCUCUUCUUCCACUUCGGCAUCAACACCUUCGCCGACUCCGAGUGGGGUUCCGGCAGCAUCCACCCCACCGCCUUCAACCCCACAAAACUCAACGCAUCGCAGUGGAUAAGGGUCGCCAAAGACUCUGGCUUUUCGCGAGUCAUCCUAACUGCCAAACACCACGAUGGCUUCUGCUUGUGGCCCUCUGAUUACACCAACUAUUCGGUCCGUUCCACCAACUGGAGGAAUGGGAACGGCGACGUCGUCGCCGACCUCUCCGCCGCCGCCAAGGACGCCGGCGUUGGACUUGGAAUCUACCUUUCGCCCUGGGAUCGCCACGAGUCCUGCUAUGGAGACACUUUGCGCUAUAACGAGUUCUACUUGGCACAAAUGACCGAGUUACUCACUAGGUAUGGAGAGAUAACAGACAUUUUUCUGGAUGGUGCAAAAGGAGAAGGGGAGAAGGACAUGAAAUAUCUCUUUGAUAGUUGGUUUUCUCUGAUUCACCAGCUCCAACCGGGGGCCACCAUUUUUUCUGAUGUGGGUCCUGACACAAGGUGGGUUGGUGAUGAAUAUGGUGUUGCUGGGUCCACUUGUUGGUCUCUUUACAACAAGACGGUUUCUGAUAUUGGUAAUGUUGAUAGCCAAUACCAAAGAGAAGGAGACCCAUUUGGUCCUGAUUGGGUACCUGCUACAUGUGAUGUCUCUAUAAGACCCGGUUGGUUUUGGCAUGAUUCAGAACUUCCAAAAUCUGCAAGGAGUCUACUUGAGAUCUACUAUAAAUCAGUUGGUCGAAACUGUCAUCUGUUAUUGAAUGUGCCCCCAAACACCUCAGGUCUUAUUUCAGAUGAGGAUAUCCAAGUUCUUCAAGAGUUCACUGAACUUAGGAGGUCCAUAUUUUCUCACAAUUUGGCUAUAAAUGCUGUUAUCAAUGCCAGCAGCAUAAGAGGGGGAAUUCUAGAGACUCACUUUAGUCCCUACAAUGUUCUUAAAGAAGGUAUAUACACAUAUUGGGCUCCCGAGGAGAACCAAUCUAAGUGGAUAUUGUACAUAAAUCUCCAAGAAUUAGUAUCCUUCAAUGUUUUGCAAGUACAAGAGCCUAUUCAAAUGGGACAGAGGGUGAUUGAGUUUCACCUUGAGGCAUUGAGCCAACACGGUGUGUGGAUGAGAGUUGCAAAUGGCACCACAAUUGGAUAUCAGAGACUGUUGCUGUUUCCAAAAGUGAAGUCUGAGUAUCUGAAGCUAGUAGUUGACAAGUCACGGGCAGAACCAUUGAUAUCAUACUUGGGAAUCUACAUGGAUCCUGUUACCGUUUUGAGAGAGACACCUGAUAAACAAUCAGUAGCCUGUUUCAAUGGAAGUCAAGUUCUGCAAACCACCACAAUCAACAAUUCCCUGAGUGCUGCAAUGUAAACUUUUCUUAAUUGUAAAAUUUGAAAACAUUUUACAUGGCAAAUUCACGUUCAAUUCUCUUAUCCCCUUUGUAAUUCCUGUAAUUUGGAGAUAACCAGAAGAGUUUGAUCUCAAUGAAUUGGUGUCUUCUUUUGUA